AUCAAUGUCAGUUAAAAACUGGAACGAUUUGUUGACUUGUUCGCAUUUGGCAAAGAGCUGAAGCCUUUCCUGGUCAUAUAGAUGGCAGUUAAAGAGAAAAUGCAAUUCAUCCUUAAUCUCAUUGAUACUGUGUGAAUCAAUGCUCAUCUAUUGGUAGGGUGGACAGCAAGCUUGAGGCACUUUUCUCGCUGGAAGAAGUAAGGGAACUCUGAAGAUUGCUUGGAAGACUUUCUUUAAUUUCUGAAGCAGCUUGCCGCUGCAGGUGAGCCUCACUCUCCUCUCUGGACUCAGCAGUUUGUGUAACCAAUUUGUAUAUUGCAAGCUACCUUUUGCAGACGAUUAACCGUGAAAUGAAGGUGAAGGGCAAAAAUGGCAAGGAAUAUUUUUUAGUUGAGGUCAUUGCCCACAUCCUGAAGUAUUUGAAGGACGAACUGAUCAAGAAAAUGAAAAGGGCUGAUUGGGCUCUUAAUGCUACUGAUUUUGACUGGGUGAUAACUGUCCCAGCAAUUUGGAGAGCAAGAGGAAAACAGAUGAUGAGAGAAGCUGGAUACAAGGCGGGUUUGUGCUCCAGGGAGUGCUGUCCAGCAUUAGAGGCAGCAGUCGGGCGUGUUCCUGAACAUGUUUUGGAAGAUCACCCUGAUAAACUGUCCUUAGCUCUUGAACCUGAAUCUGCAGCUAUUUUCUGUCAGAAUAUGAUGGAAAGGCAGGCUUCUUCCUUUUGUAGUCCAGAAUCCCCUUAUAGGGUGGCUAGUUAUCUUAUUGUUGACAUUGGAGGUGGUACAGUGGAUAUUUCCGCUCACCAUGUUGUCAGAGACCCUGAACCACACAUUAAGGUAAUCCAUCCGCCAACAGGCAAUGAUUGUGGUGGGACUAAGGUCAACCAGGAAUUCGCAAAAUUCCUUCAAAGUUUAGUAAAGGAUGAUGGGUUCUCCCGCUUUUUGUGUACUGCGGAUGAACAAAAAAAUGCUAAGAAUAGAGUUUAUUUAAAUGAACUCUUUAAUGAAAAUUUUGAGAAGCAGAAAAUGGUUUUUUCAGAUGCACAUGAAGAAUGCAGUUCCAAUAUGCUGUUGAUUGAAUUACCCACACCAUUCAUUCAAGAAUAUAUUGAUGACCUUAAUGAGGGGGCUGGUCUGUGUUCUAAUGUGAGUUGUGGCAAGUUGAAAGAAGUUUCAGAAAGACAAUUUAUUCAUAUGCCGGAAGAAGAAAAUCCUGAUAAACUAAGUCUGGUUUUAGAGCCAGAAGCAGCUGCAUUUUAUUGCCAGAAUAUUUCGGCUAUACAACGUGCUUCACACUGUAAUGUAAAAGGAUCAUUUAAAUCUGACAGCUAUGUUGUCAUUGAUGUCGGUGGUGGUACGGUUGAUAUUGUUGCCUAUCAAGUAUGCAAAUUUCCUGAGCCUCAUAUGGAGGUACUUCAUGAACCAACAGGGGGGGCGUGGGGUGGGAGAAGAGUUAAUCUUGAAUUCAAAAAUUUUCUUCAGAAUCUUGCAGGAGAUAUAGGAUUUACACAGUACAUUAACAUGGCUUCUGAAAAGAGGUGCGCCAAGCAUUGUGCUGAAUUGGAUGAAAUUGUGGAAGAGAAUUUUGAAGCACAAAAAACAAUAUUUGGUGAUAAUGACCUUAAUAGAGAUGCUAAAAUUACUGUUCAUCUUAAUUUUUCCUUUUUAAAAACUUAUGAAAGUGAACUUGAAAAAAAGAUACAGGACAUGCAUAUUCAAAAAAUAGAGCAUGCCACUAUUGAUGAUAGCGACCUUCGCAUCACAUAUGAAAAAGUUCAACUAUUUUUUGAUCCUAUUGUUGAUGGAAUUAUUGAGUGUGUAGCAAAAGUUUUCAGUGAUGUGCCCGAUGCAUACACAGUUUAUUUGGUUGGUGGAUUUGGAGGGUGCCAAUACAUUUAUAACAAGCUUUGUGCUAGAUUUGGAGAAAAGUACAAGUUUAUUACACCUGAAGGUCGAAAUCAUGCAGUUGUAAAGGGAGCAGCAAUGAUGAAGAAAACCCCACAAUUUUUAAACGCACGACGAGUUGAUGCAACUUAUGGAAUAGAAACUAGCAUUCCAUUUGAAAAUGGAAAACAUGAUGAGCUGUAUCGUGUACCCGCCACAGUGGAAGGAGAGCCAGAUAUGUGCUCUAACAUAUUUACAACAUUUGUAGAGAAAGGUGAUGUUGUUUCCGCACAAGAUGUGUACAUGAUGAGCUUUACCCCAGAGAGAAAGGACCAACGAUACAUGAAAGUCAUGAUAUACACUUCAUUAGAGAAAGAUGUAUGGUACACAACUGGGAAAAGGCCGUCAAGUGGAGAAAGCAAUGGAACUUAUGAAGACGUCAAUAUGAUUGGAGAACUCUUUGUGCCUUUUCGUGCUGUGGAGAGUGAUGAGAGUGCUGAAGACCAAAUUGUUGAUGUUAUGUUUGACUUUAGUGGUGCUGAAAUCAAAGUGACUGGGUUUCAUCGUAAGUCAGCAACUGAAGUGAGAGUUGUUCUUAACUUUCUAGAUUGAGUGCAUUCAUUAUCAUUAACUUUACCAAUGUAUAAAUAUGUGCAAUAUAGGGCUUUAGCAAGAACCACAAACGACUAGUGUGUGUGUGUCUUGCUCACACAGCAGCAAAGCAUAGAAGCUGUGACGAAGCACCAUA